UAAGACAAGCAACAAGAGCCGUAAAAGAAACGCGUCUUUGCUUUCUCAUCAUCGAGAGGAUUAUUCCAAAUCUGCUCUUCUAUCGAUCUCUCUUCGUCUCGUUGGUCCUAAAUCUUCUCGAUUCCCGGUUUCCCCAAUUCGCCGUCUAGCAUCUACGAGAAUCGGCGAAGAAAGAAGGAGACGUCAAAACUGUUCCUGGAGAUGACUUUUUAGGGUUUUCAAUUUCAUCCCAGAUCUGGCUUGUUUUCAUCGAGAUUCUCUCUUGAUUUUGAUUGCAAUCCAAUCCCUUGUGAUUCUCUUUGUGGCGAUUGGUGAUUUGUGCGUAUUGGGGAUUUUUUUGGAAAUUGGUUAUUGAUACGAUGGCGGCAGGAGGAGUUGAGAUCUCGAAAAGUUCUGUCGUCGUUGCUGAUCGUGUUCGUGAUUUUUAUCCUCGUCAAGGUGGUAGGGACGGUGAGAGGCGCCAAACCAAACGAAGUUGUGAUUUUGAUCGCAGGUUUAAUGAUGGGCGGCGUGAUUCGUAUCAGAGACACUCUGAGAAGAGGAGGAAGUGUUCUAUGGUUUCAGGGGAGAGGAAAGGGGAAGUCUUUCGACCUGCACUUGGUGGUGAGAAGGCCGUUGUUGAUUUGGGUGGUACUAGGAAGAUUUCAUCUGAGGAUCGUGUCGGUGUUCUGAAGUCAACGGAGUAUGUUUCCGCAGUGUCAGUACCGUCUGUUAAACAUCCUUUUGAUGAUCUUGAGGAGGGGCAGCUGGAGGACGACGAGCAGGUGGUUCAGGCGCCCAAUAUUGCUACGUCUAAGUGGUGUUUGGAAUCUCCAAAGGAUGAGGCUGUUCAUGUUGUCAAGAAUAGCAGAUGGAACAGGAGCAGUCUGAGUCCUGAGAGCCGUGAUGAAUUUCAAGUGGAGGCCUCUGAUGAACGUCGGUCCAACUCUUCUGGAUCUCGCAGCUUAGAACCCCUCAGUGCCCACGAAAAUUCAGAGCAUGAGUCGGAGGGUCGUAUUGACAUUGAUGUUGGUGAUGAACAAUGUUGUGCUUCUGAUUUGAACGACUCGGGGGUUGAUGAACCAGAGGGAGGCUUAAGCAUGCUUUCUGGUAGUAGAGAUGUUAACGAGUACCAGAAGCUAAGCAAGAUAAACGAAGGAACAUAUGGUGUUGUGUACAAAGCCAAGGACAGAAAGACAGAGGAGAUUGUGGCACUUAAAAUGAUCAAGAUGAACAUGGAAGACGAAUAUGGAUUCCCAUUGACAUCUUUGAGGGAGAUCAACAUUCUUUUGUCUUGCAACCACCCGUCUAUUGUGAACGUCAAGGAAGUUGUGGUGGGAAACAGUGAUAGUGUUUUCAUGGUCAUGGAACACUUGGAACAUGACUUGAGGGGCGUAAUGGACAGGAUGAAACAACCUUUCAGCACCAGUGAGGUCAAAUGCUUGAUGAUUCAGCUGUUGGAGGGUUUGAAGUACCUUCAUAGCAACUGGAUCAUCCACAGGGAUCUGAAGCCAUCGAAUCUUCUGCUGAACAACAGCGGGGAGCUGAAAAUAUGCGAUUUUGGAAUGGCUAGGCAAUAUGGGAGUCCUAUCAAGCCCUACACGCAGUUGGUUGUAACACAGUGGUACAGGUCCCCGGAGCUUCUUCUAGGAACAAAGGAGUACUCAACCGCAGUGGAUAUGUGGUCGAUCGGUUGCAUUAUGGGUGAGUUGCUGUCUCUUAAACCUCUUUUCAGAGGAAAAAGUCAGAAUGAUAUUGACCAGCUUCAACAGAUCUUUGCGGUUCUUGGAACACCGAGUGAGACAACAUGGCCUGGAUUCACUUCGCUGCCAGGUUCCAAAGCCAAGUUUCGUAAGCAACCGUACAAUUUACUACGUAAGAAAUUUCCUGCUGCAUCUUUUACAGGAGGUCCAGUUCUUUCAGAAUUGGGAUUUGAUUUGUUGAACAGGUUAUUGAGUGUUGACCCUGAGAAGCGCCUUACAGUUGACGAGGCUCUUAACCAUGCCUGGUUCAAUGAAGUACCUCUCCAGAAAUCCAAGGAGUUGAUGCCUACAUUUCCCUCAAAGCGUAACUGAAAGAUCUAAAUCUUUUGUAUCUUUUCGUGAUUACUCUUUUACUUUGUGAUUCUUGCCAUGGAUUUUCAAGAUAGAGGAGAUUGGGAAGCGUUGAUGAAGUUGCAUCCAUGUAUAUAUAUGAAUGUUCCAUGAAACUGCAAGGUGUGUGGGUCUUCCUCUCUUAUUGUCUCUCUCUCUCUUCUCCUUGACUUUCAUUUAGUUCCCUGUGUAUCAUACAGUCUUAAAAUUAAUCAAGAGAUGUUGACUUUUAAAUUUCUUUCUUGUCUUCAUUUUCUUUUGUGUUAUCUUCUUCACGAGGUAAACUUUGGAAGGAGACUUGCCAUCUGUAAGUUACUUUAAUUGUGUCAUCUACAACAUUACGUGAAACUUCUUAGUCUUUUGAUCCGAUUCAUUACCAUGCCGUUUCCUCAUUUAUUCUUAAGGAUAUAUUCAAUAAUGCUGAUCGAUGUUUGGGCGUAACCGAUGCUUAAAGGCUCUGUUAUUUUCUGAUACUUUUUUAAGCGUCACCUACUAAUUAUAUUGGCAGAGAGAGGUGGUGACUGAGUUUCUGAAUCAUAUAUUGACUAGACUCCAAAAACCUCGAUGAAUCAAAUGUUGUUAAUUGAGCAAAAGUUCUGAUAUUUCUUUACGGCUGACAAGGCGAUUUUUUUGUAUUGUAUCUUGUAUCUUUCUCGACAUAGUAGUGGAUGAUUGUUUACAGAUUCUA